GCCCCCGCACUCGGCCUGAACGUUCUGCAUGCUUCAGUCUCGUCACUGCAUGAAACACUGCUGCUCUGUCUGCUGAGGCCUCUUUACGCCAUCUCAGCCCAGCGACCAAGUCGGGCUUCCCAACUUUCCAGGACUACUUACUUCGUGGCAGGGUCCACUAUUGGUGAUCUGGGAUUUGAAUGACUGUUCCUUCGAUGGCUGGAGAUGCUCAUCACUGCUCCUUCGUUCUUCUCGCCGACUUCGAUAUUGACCGAGGAGCACAAUUGACGUACCAGUUCCCUCAACCACUCGGGACGGAUGAGGGUCUCCUCGCAAACUUGAUGCUGCCAGACGGCGCCGAGAGGCAGCCAGAGGAUUGGACGAUCUUCUUCCUCAACCAGACGCACUUCAACACAAUCGCACCCGUGCUCGCGCUCGAGCCUGCGCGUAAUGGCGACCCGGAUGUGGAAGGCGAGAACGCGAAUGAUGGGCAGCCGGAGUUGCUAUAUGUCCUGAACCUCGUACGGACGAAGUUGGAUAAGACUGUACGAAGAGGUGCAAUCGUGAAGGCCAUGGCGAUAUGCACGCGCCAUCCAUUUAUCCAGAUAUUCAAGCCCGUUCUCCUGAUGGCUCUGGACGACUACUUCUCUAACCCUUCACAAGACUGUCUCGCGCGACUAUUCGACGCCGUCAACAGCAUGGACAUAUCUAUGGCCCCCUCACUCAGCCGAUACGAGAAGCUGAUCAUGCGCACGUCCGAGCGUAAGGACGUCUUCCUCGAGAAGUUCGACGACUUCAUCCAGGAAGCCCUCGGUGAUCGCGAGCCUGUCACUGCGCAACCGUUCGCGCUCGGUGCGCGUGCGGGCCAAGGGCACAAAGCAAGCGCUUCGACCGGAAGUCAAAACAGUCUUGAAGAUGGAUUGCAAGGGCGAGUGCGGGACGAGAACGAAGUACGUAGGGGAGACGGCAAGAAGUACUCGCCCACAGAUGCAUCGUUCUCACUGGACGGAAGCGCUGUGUGGGUCGGGAACGAGAGCGGAUUGGAUCAGGUCGUGGCUGGCGCGGCAGGCGGUCUGCAGAACGGUGUGACGUAUCGUGGCAGGGCGUCCACGGAUGCAUCGUCUUCCUCGCAUGGUCGCAGGGAAGACUUGCCGCCCGUCCCGCCUGCGGCAGGCGUUGCCAUGAGCCUGCUGAAAGACUCGCACUUUUUCCCGGCAACGGUCGAGUUCAACGACCACCGUCUCCCGGUCAAGGUUCCCCUCUCGACUUUCCCGGAGGAGGUCGGAGACUACUCCCUCAUUCAACUCGUGCAAACCUUCUCUUCCCCGUCUGCCUCUCUUACUGGACCGCUUCACUCACAUCUCCAUUCAUCCGGUCCCUCAACAGCACCUAUCAUCGUUCUCUUCAACGCACUCAUCACAGCGAAGAGGAUCAUUUUCCUUGGACACCAUCGACCCGCAGGGCAGGUGGCCUCUUACGUUCUCUCCGCAUGUGCUCUGGGGAGCGGCUGCGGGAUCGUCCUCCAUGGCUUCAUUAAACGCGCCUUUCCGUACGCAAAUCUGACGAACAGGGAAGAAUGGGAGUGCAUAGAAGGGGGUUAUAUCGCUGGCGUGACGAACCCUAUAUUCGAGGCUUCUGGCAACUGGGACCUCCUCUGCGACGUCAGCACCGGUCGUAUGGUCGUGUCGCGCGACAUCCACAUCAAUCACCCUGCUGCCCCUGCCAACACGCAGAGUCAGCUACUCAUGCGCACCGGGACCAUCCGUGCAGAGGGCGGGCCCAGCAUAGAUGAAGACAGCGUGAGGACGAGCAAGGAUGCGGGCGCAGCCCCGCGUUCUGAGUUCGUAGCAGGGAAAGCAGACAACAACCCGGACAAUUUCUUCAUCGAGGAUAUCCUCGCUGCUAUUGCGGCUCACUACGGCGAGGCGCAUGUGCGCGCACGGUUUACCGAGUAUUUGAUGCGCUUCAUACGACUCGCGGCACGGUAUGAAGAAGACACAAUGGGGUCAACUAUGAUAGGAUGGCCCUCGGCGUCCUACUCUGAGCGACCUGACGGGAGGAGGCUAGGCGCAGGGACCAGCUUCCUGGACGAGGCUACAUGUUCUCGGGAAAUUGCGUUGAACACAGCAAGGAUCGAUGCAUGGCGGAGGACAGAGAGUUACACCUUAUACCAAAUCGAUUUCCGUCAGAUGCUCGCCACCGACCCGAUUCAGGGCUUCGACAUUGUACACCAGCUCUGGCGGUUACGACACGCCAGGAAGAUGUCUGACGGAGAAGCCGAGCUGAUCAUGCGUACGAUUGCUGCGAAUGUGCAGACUUACGACCAGGUCACUCAGCUGCUGGCAUACAUGCCACCACAUAUCAAUGGCCUCCUACCCCUCUCCUUUGGGCUGUUCCACCAGUCCGAGAUUGUCCGCGACCUGACGAUCGAUAUCUUCAACGAGCUACGCCUAUAUCCAAUCGGUGUGCAGUUCCUGCAAGCGCUCAAUCCGUUCCAGCGAUACGCCUACGUACGGCAAGCCCAUGCGCGUGAGGCACAGGCGCUUCAAGACCAAAACGCGCUCACGAUACCCCUGACAUCUUACAUGACGCGGGUGCCGUCGAACCGGAGCGACACGAGCUUGGGGGCGCAAUAGCGAGAGCCUGUAAUGUCACGAUGCCUAUAUGGACGGUAUGUUGUAGUCGCCUAUGGCUGUUGUAUCUUUAUUCUGUCUCAGUAUAUAUACCCUGUUUCUUGUGUCAUUGUCACUACCCGCAAUGCACCGUUGUGGUCUCAUUGACAGACAACUGCAUCUGCAAUACUGCAGAGACUCGCCCC